CACAGCGAGCUUGGAAGAAAUUUGGCCCACAUUUGCUUGCUUUGCUUUGCUUCCAUGUUUUGCAAAGGAAUUUGCAGAGCAAAACGAAGUGAGAACCAGAAAGGGAGGCCAUCCCAUCCCAUCCCAUCAUCCUCCACCGCUGAGCCAAAUCCGCGCGCAAAUCCCUUCUCAAUCCUUCAAUUCAUCUUCAUUCUCUGCCCAUCAAAUUCCCUCUUUCUUUCCGCCAAAACAUCCCCUUUUAACCAAUUUUACACUACCCCACCUUCCGAAUUCCCUUCCUUAAUCCCCAAUACCCCUUUGCUUCGUCUCUUUAGUUUCCAAUGCUAAUACCCAGAUUUCGGCCUUCCCUUAUUCUUCAAAAUUCGUUCAUUGGGUCAACUUUUGCUGCAACCCAUGUCGCCUCUUUCCACUCCACAGCUGCUUCUUGCGAUAAAUGGAAGAGCAAAUGGAAAUUUGAUGGUGGAAAUGGAAAGGAGUCAUCAAAGAAUUAUGUUAGAUAUGUAACCCGUCAAAGGCGUGCUGAUGCAAAAAAGGCUCUAAAGGACCUCCUCUACAACAGUGGAUCUACCUUUCAGAAAAAGGAAUCCAAGUGGAGUCUUGGUGGUCACUGGUCAUCUGAUGAGUCAUCCGAUCAAUCAGGUAACUGUGAUAAGAAAGGACGAGCAAAGUCUUCAACGCGAAAUUUUGGUAAAUCCCAGCACAAGAGACCAAAACGAAAGUUUAGAAGAGAGAGUUUUGUUAACGACUUCGUUAAUGAUUCCGAGACAAUCUUUCACGUCAUGUUUGGCAAUAGAUCAUCUACUUGGUCCUUUGGCUCAUUUAAGGAGACCUCUCAAGAUUCAGCAUCUGGUUUCGGGUGGACAGAACCUCCAAAAUGGAGCCACCGAAGAGCUACACAAUGGGAUAAUUUGAGUGAUUGUGAGUCUGAUGAGGAGACGACCCCUGAAGUAGGAUCAUGUUCAGAUAGAACUAUCCUCGGUUUGCCACAAACAGGACCUUUGAAGAUAGAAGAAGUUAAAACGGCGUUCCGCUUGUCUGCUUUAAAAUGGCAUCCUGAUAAGCAUCAAGGAUCUUCCCAGGCAAUGGCUGAAGAGAAAUUCAAACUUUGUGUUAAUGCAUACAAAUCCUUGUGCUGUGCACUCUCUCCAGGUUAAGCUGCAGCUCUGUUCUAAGGUCUGUUCUAACUUAUAACAAUUUCAAAUGAUUUAAAAUUUUCAAAACAUAAUUUAUGUAGAGAGGUUAUAUUUAAUCUAUAUUUUAAUCAAAACCCCCCUUCUCUGUUUGCUUGUUGGGGAGGAAAUAGUAAAGAUAGGAGUGGAAUAAAUGGAUGCAUUUACAAUCUUCAAAUUUUUGUUCAAAGAAGGCAAUUCCUUCUUCAUUUCUCAUUUACAGAGCACUGUUCCAUUGCAUUCUUUGAGGAUAUUCUUGAAGUUUAUGUCUCUCUUACGUUACAUCUUUAGUUUUGUAGCAGUUGUUUUACAAGAUGACUUCAAAGAAAGAUUUGUCUUUCACCCAAUUCUGUUGUAUUGUAUACUUAUUAUGUAGUUUUGGCCAAUUGACAGAAUUUUUGGUGUA